UGGCCAGAAAAGAUUCGUAAAAAAUUACACAAUUUUUUUCCUGUUUUUGAAACAGAGAACGGGGGACGAGUACAUGCCCCCAUCGAAUAUAACCUAAUUAAAGAAUUGGCUGAGUCUGUCCGCAAAUAUGGGGUUAAUGCAAAUUUUACCCUGGUAAUGUUGGAUAGAAUUGGCACUGGCACCUUAACUCCUUCUGAUUGGCAGAUGGUAGCAAAAGCCGCACUUCCAGACAUGGGUCAAUACAUGGAAUGGAGGGCUCUCUGGUAUGAGGCCGCUCAAACACAAGCCCAGGCCAAUGCUCUUGCCCUUACUCCUGAACAGAGAAACUGGACCUUUGACUUGUUGACAGGUCAAGGUCAAUUUACUGUGAAUCAGACAAAUUACCAUUGGGGAGCCUAUGCUCAAAUUUCACAGACAGCUAUUAAAGCCUGGAAAGCGCUUUCUUAAGAAGGGGAGGCUAAUAGGCGCCUUACAAAAAUUAUUCAGGGCCCUGAGGAAUCAUUUUCCGAUUUUGUGGCCAGAAUGACAGAAGCAGCAGGAUGUAUCUUUGGAGAUGUUGAGCAGGUGGAACCUUUUAUUGAACAGUUGAUAUUUGAACAAGCCACUCAAGAGUGCAGAGCCGCCAUAGCCCCUAGAAAAAAUAAGGGCUUACAAGAUUGGCUCAGAGUGUGUAGAGACCUCGGAGGACCGCUUACUAAUGCGGGCCUAGCAGCUGCUAUCCUCCAGUCUCAAAAACGCCCUGCUGGUAAAACCAACCAGAGGACUUGCUAUAACUGUGGCAAGCCUGGACAUUUUAAAAAGGACUGCAAAAACUCAAACAGAAGGGGAGAAACACCGACUUUCUGCAACCGUUGUGGCAAAGGAUAUCAUAAGACUAGCCAAUGCCGCUCGGUGAGAGAUGUGCAGGGGAGACUCCUCCCACCUAUUAACAAUCAAACUGUCGAUAACAGCCAGGCUACCGACGUGCCAAAAAACGGGCCGUCGGUCCCUCGGUCCCAGGGCCCUCAAAGAUAUGGGAACCGGUUUGUCAAAGCCCAGCAGGCCAAAAGAAAUGGGACUUGGACUCUGACAAGCUUCAGCCUCUCUCCACGAUCCCUUCAACCCUCUGCUAUUGAGGCCCCUCAUGGAACCAAGUCUCAGCUACUCUCCAUGGCCCUGCAUGCCUUCAAGUGGGUUGCUGGCGGACGCGGGGGUGGGUGGAGACGUUCACGAUUGAGGAGGAGCACACAGGCGCACUCACCGCCUUCCUCCUUCCCUUCCUCUUCCUCCUACCCCGCCCCCGGGGGGGCGGUACCCUGGUCCCUAGGGGAGGUAGGCACCCCCGGAGGGUGGCGGCCGGGGAGGAGGGCUGGGGUUGGGACCGCUGCGGCGGGUGGCGGACGCCACGGGCCCCUCCUCCGCGCUCCUUCGCUGCCUCCCCCUGCUCCUCCUCUUCAUCCUCCCCAUCCUCCUCCUGGUCUCCGGCAGCCACGGUUAGGGGAGCAGCCGGCGGCACCCGGGCCGCUCAGCCUUUGUCUCGGGCCGCGGGGCGCUCCGGGCCCAGCGCAGCAGGCCACGCGGGGACGGCGGAGGCUGCGAGGACUGGCAGUCAUGGAAAAACGGGAAAGGAGCUGGCCCAGCGUCACCACCGCCACUGUCACCAUCACCAUCACCACCAUCACUGACCGUCGCCCAUCCCACUACCCCGCCUCAUCGCCGCCCCCCCCCCUCCACCCCCAUCUCAUCUCCCCGUGCACUGCCAACUUUGUCAGAUCAUUUCCUAUGCAUCGGGUAAUACUUGGACAGAAAGAUCGCGAGUGA